AUGUUCCCAUAUCCGAGCGGCAUGCUGCACAUGGGCCACGUUCGUGUUUAUACCAUUAGUGACACUCUACAACGAUUCCGACGAAUGAACGGAUACAACGUACUUCAUCCUAUGGGGUGGGACGCGUUUGGACUUCCGGCUGAAAACGCGGCUAUUGAACGCGGCAUUCAUCCGGCUACAUGGACGACAAAGAAUAUCGCAGCCAUGAAGGAAACCAUGAGCAGACUUCAGCUGGAAUUUGACUGGUCCAGGGAAAUUGCGACGUGCGAUCCAUCGUAUUAUCGGUGGACACAAUACAUCUUUUUGGAACUGUAUAAAGCAGGAUUAGCGUAUCGCAAAGAAGCCGUGGUAAACUGGGAUCCCGUGGAUCAAACUGUACUGGCCAAUGAACAGGUGGAUCAUGAAGGAAAGUCGUGGCGAUCAGGAGCCUUGGUCGAACGGAAGAAGCUUAAACAAUGGUUCUUUAAAGAUUUGCUGAAGGAUAUUGAUCGUUUGGAUCAUUGGCCUGAACGUGUAAAGCAAAUGCAGCGUCAUUGGAUCGGCAAAUCCGUGGGUGCCGAAUUUGAUUUUCCGGUGCAUGCGAAAGGACCGAACCAACCGACACUGACCGUGUUUACAAGCCGUCCAGAUACUUUGUUUGGUGUACAGUAUUUGGUAGUGUCCCCUGAACACGCCAUAUUAAACAAGGAAACGUUACCGGCCGAUCAUGCAGACAAGGUCCUAGAUUUUGUAAGUAGCCUUAAAAUGAAGCAGAACAUGGAAAAAGCAGAAGAAACCAAGCAAGGUGUUUUCACCGGGUUAUACGCCUCGCAUCCCUUGACCCAGGAAAAGAUCCCGGUGUUUGUGGCUCCCUAUGUUAUUUCUGAAUACGGCACAGGAGCGGUGAUGGGCGUUCCCGCCCAUGAUAAGCGCGACUGGGAGUUUUGCCGAGUCAAUGAUAUCGCCAAUGAGAUCAAAUUCGUGGUGGAACCGGCUCUGCAGGAACUCGAUCGUCCUUUUUCCACCACCGAACCCUUCACCGCUCAGGGUGUCCUCACCGCCUUGUCGGGGCCUUUUGCAGGCAUGAAAUCCAAACAGGCAGGAAAAGCCAUUCUCAAACAAGCGCAGCAGCUCGGAUUAGGCCGUCCUGCCACACAGUUCCGUUUGAAAGAUUGGCUCCUUUCCCGUCAACGGUAUUGGGGAGCGCCCAUUCCCAUGGUGCAUUGUCCCAAGUGUGAUAUUGUUCCUGUGCCGCAAGAAGAAUUACCUGUCCUGCUUCCUUUGGAUGUGGAAUUUUCCGGCAAAGGAGCGUCUCCAUUGACCACCUCCAAAGAAUGGCUUCAAUGCACAUGUCCAAAAUGCAAAGGUCCUGCAACUCGAGAAACCGAUACCAUGGAUACGUUUGUCGAUUCAUCCUGGUACUUUAUGCGAUUCACGGAUGCCAAUAACCUUGAUUUACCCUUCUCUGCCGAAAAGGCAUCGGGCCGUUUGCCGGUGGAUAUCUAUAUUGGUGGCGUCGAACAUGCUAUUCUGCACUUAUUGUACUCGCGGUUCCUUUCAAAGUUCAUGUUGGAAAAGGGAUUCUAUUCCGAAACGCCUGAUACCAAGCCUGGUCACGGCGAACCGUUCAACGUUUUACUGACUCAGGUAAGUUGGGUGUAUCCUCGUCAUCCAAAGAUGAUUGAAACCGGAGAAACUCCCUUGAUUUCGUAUGAGAAAAUGUCAAAGAGUAAAUACAAUGGCGUGGAUCCAGUGAGUGUAAUCGAGGCUCAGGGCGUCGAUGCUACGCGUCUGCACAUGUUAUACAAGGCGCCUCCGUCGGAGGUCUUGGAGUGGGAUGACUCGAGUAUUGUUGGCAUGCAACGUUGGCUUGGCAAAGUGUUGAAACUUGCGUCCACGGCAGGAACGGCGAAAACUGAGGCUGCCGAAAUUUCAGUCGACAGCUUGUCGUCGUUGGAAAAAGACAUGUAUCGUACAACCCACGAGACGAUCAAACAAGUUACCGAGGCGCUGUCAACUUCGUAUACCUUUAACACGGCCAUUUCGGAUUUGAUCAAGUUGACGAAUUACAUAACUUCGUCGGAUCUUGCUCCUCAUGCCCCUGUCUAUCAGCACGCCGUACGAUCGCUGGUGACCAUGAUGGCGCCAAUGGCUCCGACGGUGAGCGAAGAAUGCUGGGAGACCGUGUCUGGACAAGACAGCACCAGUGUGUUUGUGCAACCGUGGCCAAAAUGGGAAGCCAAGGCUUUGGAAAAGGACACGAUCGAUUGUAUGAUUCAGGUGAAUGGUAAAACGCGAUUUAGAGUGGUGGUUCCCGUGGAUAUCGCCGGCGAUGCCACGGAAAUUGAAAAACAAGCGAGAGCGAUGGCUGAAGGACAGAAAUGGCUUGGUGAUCGACCGAUCCGAAGAGCCAUUGUCGCCAAAGGUGGCAAACUUGUGAAUUUCGUGAUUUGA